AUGUUAUUUUUAUUAUUUAUUUGGGAAAAUAAUUUUUUGGGUUCUAAUUAUAAAAUUUUAGCUAAUCUUAUUUCAUUUUUCAGUUAAUGCUCUAAAUCCUCUCCAAUCUCUAGGACACAUAUAAUUAUAUUGUUUUAUAAAUUCUAAUAAGGUUUAGCUAGGUCCAUCCUACCUACCUCUGAACCAAUUCUUUUUUUAAAAAUAAUUAUUUAGAAAACAUUUGAAUUAAUUCAAUCUAUAUUACCAAUGUCUAUUUCAGAUACACACUACACUCAAACCACCUUCCUGAGAUAUAGCUUUACAUGGCUUGAUCCCAAGUAUCAUAGAAUUCCUUUUAAUUUUUUUAGAUUUUUAUUUAAAAUUAUAAAUUUAUCUUAAUUUACUUUUUGGAAUUCCUUUCUCAUUUCGUAGAGAUCUUAAUCUUUUUCAAAUGCAUCUGCUACUCUUGUAGUUCCCUUUAAAACUUCGAUUCUGAAUGCAUUUCUUUUCAUUCUAUCUAUAAUUUUCUUUUUCUUGAGUUGA